AUGUCGAGUACAGGCAUUCCCCCAAACCCGUCACCUAAUAUGGUGCUGCAGCUCCUGCAACGGAUGACAGACGCUGACCCCGAUUUCCGUUUCAUGUCCCUAAAUGACUUGCUCCAGGUCCUCACCAUUGCAAAGCCCGAUCUCCUUCAUCAUGAAUACAACAUUGGAGCUCGAACAGUUGAUGCUCUGACGAAGGCAUUGGACGACCAGAACGGUGAAGUCCAGAACCUCGCCGUGAAAUGCGCUGUAAGCCGGGUUGUCAUUCCCCGUCUCAUGGUCCCCGCCCAACAUCAAAAGCUGCAGGCUGAGCAAGCAAAGCACAAACUACCAGCGCCUCCGCCUUGUAUGUUUGAGAGCGCUGGCGAUGUGACACCCGAGGCUGUUGACGUUUUGAUUGAAGUCGCCAGAUGCUUCGGUCCCCUGUUGCAGACGUACGAGGCAGAAUCCAUGGUCGAGUCUCUCCUAGGUUUGCUUGAGACCGAAAAAGGAUCAUCCGUCACGAGAAAACGGGCCGUGGCCGCAAUAUCAAUUAUGGCCCUGUACAUCUCCGAUGCCGCUCUGCAGGCCCUAAUUAACCACAUGUCGAACGCCCUUCAAACCCCAAAGGCCUCAUCCCUCACGAGGCGCCUAUACAUUGCCGUCAUGGGGGCCAUGGCUAGGUGCGUGCCGCGAAGGUUCUCAUAUGAGCAAGAUCAACGAGGGGAGGACACUGCACCUGAUUUCAAUGAAGUUCAUGAGGCUGCGUUGGUCACACUUGAGUCCUUCCUGUCUGCCUGCCCUCAGGAGAUGCGGCCCUACACCGAUGACACAAUAGAUGCAUGUCUUCGAUUCCUCAAGUAUGACCCUAAUUACGCCUUCGGGGAUGCGGAGGAUGACGAAGAUAUGGAGAGCGACGAUGAAAGUGACGAUGAGGAUGAGGACGACGAUCUCGAUGACGGCUUUGACGAUGAUGAUGACGAUUCCAGCUGGAAGGUGCGUCGUUGCGCGGCGAAAGCGCUAUAUACGCUCAUCUCUACGCGCGCGAGCGGCGAUCUCUUGGAGAGUGGGGUGCUAUAUCAACGGACUGGGCCCACCCUUAUCAAGAGGUUUGAAGAGAGAGAAGAGAACGUACGCCUCGAGGUGAUUUCCGUCCUCUCGCUCCUCAUUCGCAAGACCGGGGAAGGUGUUGUCCCCGUAGAUUCUAUUGACGACCACGAACACGACCUCCAUGGAGCACUCCCAAUAAAUCGUAAGCGGCGCCGCCAGAGCAGCGUUGGGGGUGGUGCCGUCGCACCGCAGAUCGCGAUGGCGGGCCUCGGAUCACCUAUCCAAGAGAAGGCACCAGCAGUCGGGCCGCACGCUGACCUAGCAAAGCUUUCACCAUCCAUCAUCAAGGCCUCCAUCAAGCAGCUCAAGGGCAAGGUCAUCCCCACGAAACAGGCCAUUGUUAGCCUGUUGGACGAUAUAGUCAACACUCAGCGUGGCGGGCUUGGUGAAUUCUUUGCUGGCAUCUGGGGUCCUAUCAUGGACUGUCUCCUUGUCUCAGGAGCUGGAGGCUCUUCAUCUCUGGCGCUCUCUGGUGGGAAUGCUUCUGCAACCCCCACCACCCUGCGCAUUACCACCCUGCGACUCAUCAGCGACAUUUCCAAGACCCAUCCUUCGACCACUCUUCACCCCUACCUUGCUAAGAUUGUGACGGGCGUGAUCAAGGCUGUCAACGACAAAUUUUACAAGAUCUCUAGUGAGGCCAUUCGGGCGGCGGAGGAACUUGUUAAGACCAUCACUCCACCUAGAUCCCGCCAUACUGCUCAGAAGUUCAAACCUGAGCUUCGGAAACUAUUCGACAUAAUCAUGGACCGUGCGAACUCCACAAGCUCAGAUGCUGAGGUCCGCCAAAGGGCCCUCCAUGCCCUAGGUACCUUGCUCUCCAGAACCUCAAGCGCGGAUGGUGCCGCGCUGCUGUCGCUAGAUCUACGACAGGCCGCGUUGGGCGUGCUACUGGCCCGCCUGAAGAAUGAGACGACGAGAUUGGCGUCUGCCAAGGCCAUUGAAACAGUUGCGGCGUUCAACACUAGCAGUGCGCCUUUCGAGAAGCAAUGGAUUCAGGAUGUGGCCCUCGAGCUCUCAUCGCUCCUGCGCAAGUCCAACCGUGGCCUCCGCGGAGCUAGCACGCAAGCCUUGAAGCACCUAGUCAUGUCUCCAGCAUGUAAGGGGCAGCUAGAAGCAGACACCGUGAGCAGCCUAGUAUCCAGCUUGUUGCCGGUAAUUGCUGAUAAUGAUGCGUAUCUCAUGGGACACGCGCUCAUGAUACUUGGUGUCCUUGUCACGGAACGCGCUGAUCUUGUCCUGUCUCCAGAGCUUACCAAAGUUCUCUGUAGCUUCUUGAAGGAUGGGACCCCGAGUGUGGUACUCGACCCUCUCCUAUAUUUUGUCACGAACGUGGGAGAGAGCCAAAACGGGAAAGACCUUAUGCGCGGCCUUUUACAGAUCGUGGGUGUCCAAGGCGAUGCGACGGUGCUCGGUCAACUUAUUGGCACCCUGUUAGUCUCGGGCGGCGAUUCGACGGGCGUCUCUAUUGAAGCAUUUACUAAAGAACUCGAGAACGGCGCAAACGAUGAUACGAGGGUUAGCCUUGCAUUAGCGGUGCUCGGCGAGGCGGGCAUGAGGCUUGCAUCCCAAUCAACCCUUCCGCCAGAGCUUUUCCUCAACCAGUUCCGCACUGAACCUGACCGGGUUUCCCGCGCAGCCGCGGUGGCUCUUGGCCGAGCUGGAUCGACUAACAUUGGCAAAUACCUGCCCGUCAUCCUUCCUCUAAUGAGUCGAACUGGUAAUAUGCAGUACCUACUGGUGCAGUCGAUCAAGGAGGUGUUGCAGCAACUCCCGUCCCUCACGCCGGACAUUGAGGCCUACAUAGACACGAUCUGGAAUAGGCUUUUGGAAGCGUCCCAGCAUGCUGAUAACAGGAUCGCAUGUGCUGAGUGCAUCGGCAGGCUUGUCAUCCUCGACGGUGACAGGUUUAUGCCGAGAUUACAGGGCCUUCUCAAGGAUCAGUCCUCGGCACUUAGAGGCAUGGCCGUACAAGCUGUACGGUACACUCUACCGGAGAGCGGCGAGGAUCUCGACAGCAUACUCAAGAACGUGCUUGUGGAUAUGCUAUACACCAUGUUCCAAGACUCGGACAUGGAAAUUCGCCGGCUGGCCAUGACCACUCUUAAUUCUGCCGCCCAUAACAAGCCUGAUCUCAUCCUUCCGCAUAUUGGUAAUCUGAUGCCAUUUGUCCUCCAUGAGUCGGUCAUCAAGCCCGAAUUAAUUCGUGAAGUGAUGAUGGGGCCAUUUAAGCACAAGGUAGAUGACGGUUUAGAAGUUCGAAAGAGUGCGUACGAGACGCUAUACGCUCUUAUGGAGACGGUAUUCUCGCGAAUCAACAACAUUGACUUCUAUGACCGUGUUGUAUCUGGACUUCGAGAUGAGAAUGAUAUCCGGGCUCUUUGCAAUCUCAUGGUGGCUAAACUUGCGGUUAUGGACCCCGACGAGACGGUGCGAAGGUUGGACUCCAUUGCCGAAGCAUACCGCGCUAUUCUAUCGACGAAGCUCAAAGAGGGUGCUGUGAAGCAGGAUGUGGAGAAGCAUACAGAAUCCAACAAGAGUAUACUCCGAGUCACACUCUUGCUGCAAGCUAAGCUCAAGGGUACAGGUACAGGUACAGGUGCAGGCGCAAGCCGUGGAGAUAACAAGUCUGCACCAGGCCCAACAGCAGCAUCAGGAGUCGGGGUAGGCGGGAGUCAGGUUUGGAACGGAUACUGGGAUUGGGUUGUGAAGGACUUUGCUACUCAAUUGAAGGUCCUGCGGGAGGAGAACAGAGAACUCAACCGAGUUUGA